ACCAUCUCCACUUUAAUAUCCACUGUCCACUACUUUUGUCGUAAAGUUCGUUCACUCUUCGUUGGCUUAAAGUCUCUGCCGUCAUGUGUGACAGUGUGAGAGAGAGAUAAGAAAAAGCUUUGAGUUGAGUCUGCUGUGAGAGAAAGAGAGAAGAAAACUUGAGAAUGGAAAUGAAAGGGGCUCCGGCUCUUCAUGGAUACCGCAUGCCUGCAGAGUGGGAACCCCAUUCACAGUGCUGGAUGGGUUGGCCUGAACGUCCAGAUAAUUGGCGAGACAAUGGCGUUCAUGCCCAAAAAGUAUUUGCUAAGGUAGCAACAGCAAUCUCAAAGUUUGAGCCUGUGACUGUCUGUGCAAGUGCUGCUCAGUGGGAAAAUGCACGAAGUCAGCUACCAGAAAAUAUCAGGGUUAUUGAGAUGAGCAUGAAUGAUUCAUGGUUUCGAGAUACUGGACCAACUAUUGUUGUGAGUGAUAGUACAGUAACUACAGAUGCCCCAGUACCAAAGUUUGCUGGAAUUGACUGGAAUUUCAACAGUUGGGGAGGGGUUGAUGAUGGUUGUUACCAAGAUUGGAGUCUUGACCUUCUUGUGGCAUGGAAGAUUUUGGCAAUUGAGAGGCUUCCUAGGUUCCCACAGUCUUUAAUUCUUGAAGGUGGAAGUAUCCACGUGGAUGGAGAAGGUACAUGCCUAACCACAGAAGAGUGCCUUCUGAAUAAGAACAGGAACCCACAUUUGAGCAAAGAACAAAUAGAGGAUGAACUGAAGGCAUAUCUUGGAAUUAGGAAGGUUAUAUGGUUGCCUCGUGGAUUAUAUGGUGAUGAUGAUACCAAUGGUCAUAUUGACAAUAUGUGCUGUUUUGCAAAGCCUGGUGUAGUUUUGUUGUCUUGGACUGAUGAUGAAACAGAUCCUCAGUAUGAACAUUCUGUCGAAGCCUUUUCUGUUGUCUCUAACACUACUGAUGCAAAAGGUCGGAAAUUAGAAAUAAUUAAACUCCAUGUACCCGGGCCACUUUAUAUGACAGACGAAGAAGCAGCUGGAGUUAUUCAGGUUGGUGAGGCUAAACCAAGACUUGCCGGUACCAGACUUGCUGCUUCAUAUGUAAAUUUCUACAUCGCCAAUGGAGGGAUCAUCACACCACAGUUUGGGGACAAAAAAUGGGAUGAUGAAGCUAUUCGCGUGUUGUCCAAAGUUUUCCCAAAUCAUGAAGUGGUAGGAAUUGAAGGUGCAAGGGAGAUUGUUUUGGCGGGGGGAAAUAUUCAUUGCAUUACUCAGCAACAACCGGCCAUUCCUACUGCUAUUGCAUAGCCCAACACUAUUAAAAUCCUGAGCUGUUGUUGAUGAACUAUACUCCAUUUUUAUUUUUUAUUGAUAUUUCAAACUACAAUUAUGAAUGACGGUUAUAUUAAAAUUAAAUAGUUCCACAGUUGGAUUAU